AUGGAUUCGGAGCAGAAUGUCAAGCCGAAUCCUUCCAACGGGCUCUCAGCAGCUCUACUGAACGGUAGCAAGUCUCAAACGAUUCCAAAACUGAUUCCACGUUCGCAGAGAAAAUCUUCAGGAUCAUCAGGUCUUCAAGAACCAGCUCCAGAAACACCUGCCCUACCGUCGCCGCCCUCACUUGAAUCUGUGAAUUUCAAGACACCAGUCAAGCGCAUCCUCUCACCUUCCGACCACCAGAAGUUUCUCGCAUCUCCUACGUAUACGCUGAUUCGAGCAUGGAUCUUCACGUUAGCCGACAGUGUCCGCGGCCGUCCAAGUUCAUCGCUGGAUCUCUCCCAGCUAUCUGACAACAUCAGACGGCUAGAUGCAGCUUUCGAUGCUAUUCAACUUCUCCUGGAACGAUAUCCUGCCUUCGAGACCGAAUCACGAUUUGGCAAUCCAGCCUUCCGCGACCUGUACAAAGCUAUCGUUAGAGACGCUGAAAAACUGCACAAAGAAGUGCUCGGUCUACAGAAUGAGGCGGCCAUACAAGAUAUCUCUGUAUAUCUGCUCAACUCCUUCGGCUCCGAAGAACGACUCGAUUAUGGCUCUGGACAUGAAUUGAACUUCAUGAUGUGGCUGUUGUGUUUGUACCAAUUGGGGCUAAUCCAUCGAGAUGACUUUCCAGCUAUCGUCAUGCACACUUUCACACGUUAUCUCGACCUGAUGAGAAAGAUUCAGAGCACAUACUAUUUGGAACCAGCUGGGAGCCACGGUGUUUGGGGACUAGACGACUAUCAAUUCCUACCUUUUCUGUUUGGUGCGAGCCAACUGAUCGGGCACCCCUACAUCACUCCGAGGUCCAUUCACAAUAAUGUCAUAUUGGAUGAGGAGGGCGACAAAUACAUCUAUCUAAAUCAAGUCCGGUGGGUGGAUAGUGUCAAGACUGUCAAAGGACUCCGGUGGCACAGCCCCAUGCUGGACGAUAUUUCGGGCGCAAAGAGUUGGCAGAAGGUUGAGGACGGUAUGAGAAAGAUGUUUGUCAAAGAAGUACUCGGCAAACUGCCCAUCAUGCAACACUUUUUGUUCGGAGGGCUGAUUCCUGGCACCGAAGAUAUGGGCCAGCUAGACCCAGAGACGCUUCGGCUACAAGCUCAAAGAAUGGAGCAUGUGAAAGAAUAUGGCCAUGAAGCUGAUUACUGGGGUGACUGUUGCGGCAUCAAGGUGCCCAGUACAGUGGCUGCAGGAGAGGAAAUGCGAAAACGAUUGGGUACAUCAGGCGCACUGCGACCAAUACCUUUCGACUAG